AUGUUGGAAGUGCCUUCUAUGGAAAGAAGUUUUAUGUCUGGUUCAUCAACAGAUGAUGAAUUAAUGACAAUAAAUAUAACGCGUAGCUCAAGUGAGGGAUCACAAAAUUUAUCAAAUGAAGGAACAAAUUCCUCGGGCAGUAAUAUAUCAGAAGAAAUGGCAACAAUAGCUGAGUUAGCUGACACUAUAGAUGGCUAUUUGGAUAAUCCAAGAACAAAUAGAACGAUCUUAUCCAAUCAAAUAAAAAGAGCAACGCGUCAGAUACGUCGUAAAUAUAACAAUUCGCAAGAUGAUAUAAUACGUGAACAACGGGCUAGAUAUGAUGCUGAAGGAGAACGAGAUUUAAUGCAGUUAGCUUAUCAAAAUGAAGUAAAAGAACGUCGUCGAUG